CCGCCGCCGCUGCUCCUCUCUCCCGGGGGUGGUUGAAGAGAGGGAGGCGGGGAAGGGGGGGGGGGACGGGACACGGGACUCAGCGCUUAGGGAACCGCGGAGGCCUUGACGCUGAGCGUCCGCUGCGCUGCCCGCCCGCUUCUCCUCCUCGGCCCCGGCGUAACGCGCCGUCGCAUUCCCCGCCCCAUCGCGGCGGGGUCCGCCGCCGCCUCCUCCUUCUCCUCCUCCUCCUGCUGAGGCGCCGCCGCUGUUGUUGUUGCUGCUUUUGCUUCCCGGGCCGAGAGCGGAGCCGGGAGCAGGGCGGGAAGAUGGCGGCGGGCGGCGGAGGCGGCGGUCGGGCCUCCUCCUCCUCCUCGGCCGUCGCCUCCUCCUCCUCCUCCUCUUCCUCGGCCGGCGCGCUGGAGGCCUCGCUCGAUCGGAAGCUGCAGGCGGUGACCAACACGAUGGAGUCCAUCCAGGGCCUCUCCUCGUGGUGCCUGGAGAACAAGCGGCACCACAGCACCAUCGUUUACCACUGGAUGAAGUGGCUCCGGCGCUCUGCUUUUCCUCACCGGCUGAACCUUUUCUACUUGGCCAACGAUGUCAUCCAGAACUGCAAACGCAAGAACGCCAUCGUUUUCCGCGACGCCUUCGCCGAGGUGCUGCCCGAGGCUGCUUCCCUGGUCAAGGAUCCCUCUGUUUCCAAAUCUAUCGAAAGAAUCUUCAAAAUCUGGGAGGACAGAAAUGUCUACCCUGAGGAAACCAUCCUGGCCCUCAAAGAAGCUCUGACCUCCACCAACCCAAAAGCUGCUUUGAAGUCCAAGAUUGUGGCUGAAUUCAGACCCCAAUCUCUCAUCGACGAGUUGCUCUUAUACAAACGUUCAGAAGAUCAGAUUGAGCUGAAAGAGAAGCAGCUUUCCACCAUGAGAGUGGAUGUGUGCAGCACUGAAACCCUGAAGUGUUUAAAAGACAAAACAGGAGGAAAGAAGUUCUCCAAAGAAUUUGAAGAAGCCAGUUCCAAGCUGGAAGAGUUUGUCAAUGGCUUGGACAAGCAAGUGAAGAAUGGGCCCUCGCUGACUGAGGCCCUGGAGAACGCCGGGAUCUUCUACGAAGCUCAGUACAAGGAGGUCAAGGUGGUGGCAAAUGCUUAUAAAACGUUUGCCAAUCGAGUGAGCAACCUCAAGAAGAAGCUGGACCAGUUGAAAGCCACGCUUCCUGAUCCAGAGGAGUCUCCUGUCCCUUCUCCCAGCAUGGAUGCCCCUUCCCCGACUGGCUCCGAGUCCCCUUUCCAGGGCAUGGGGGAGGAAGACAAUUCCCACUCUCCAGUGGCAGGAAGCCGGAAGAUGAUCUCUCCAGAACCUGUGACAGAUAACCGGGACGUGGAGGACAUGGAGCUCUCUGAUGUGGAGGAUGAUUCCUCCAAAAUCAUCGUGGAAGAACGGAAGGAGAAGCAGGCAGCCCCAGUCCCAGCUCCACCACCCACCAAGAGUGAAAAUGUCCCCAAAGUGGCACCAUCCACAGCCACCACUUCGGUGACGGUGACAACGCCGCCGGCCCCGGCUCCUCCCAAGGUGGCGGUGAGCGCAGCACCUGCCCCGCCAACCCCGGCCUUGGCCUUGCCCAACUUGGCCAACGUGGACCUGGCCAAGAUCAGCUCCAUUCUGAGCAGUUUAACCUCAGUCAUGAAGAACACAGGUGUCAGCCCUGCCUCCAGACCUUCUCCCGGGACCCCAACGAGCCCAACAGCUCUAAGCAGUGGCCUGAAGACUCCUGGCCUGGGGACUCCAGCUGCUCCUUCCAACCCUUUAGCAAAUAUUCUCUCCAAAGUGGAAAUAACUCCUGAAAGCAUUUUAUCUGCUCUCUCCAAAACCCAGACUCAGACAGCACCAGCUCUGCAAGGUUUGUCAUCCCUCCUCCAGAGCGUGGCUGGAAACACCGUGCAGUCCAGUGAAACAGCCUCACAGAGCAUGUCAGCCUCCCCAGCCAACACCACAGUUCCUGGUGGGAAGGGGAGGAACCUCCCUGCCAACUCUCAGCCUUUCGUAGCCAAAACUUUUGGGUUUUCUCCAAACUCUUCGACCGCUGAGGUUUCCUCGACUUCAGUCAACAAAGCUCCCGUUGGCCACGCCCCAGGCCUCUCCAGCUCCACUUUUAAGCCCCCAAGCAAUUCCUUGGGAUUUCCCACUUCCCAUCCUCCCAGCCCUUCUUCCCUUUUGCCAGCAGAAACCUCCCUGGCUCAACCCACGGAAAUUUCCAAACCCAAGUUGGAGGCGGAACCUCCGUCUCCCAGCUUGGAGAUGAAGAUCCACAAUUUCCUGAAGGGCAACCCGGGCUUCAGCGGCCUCAACUUGAAUAUUCCCAUCCUCAGCAGCUUGGGAUCCACCAUGGCCACGGAGAGCCACGCUCCCGACUUCCAGCGUGGUCCCACCAGCACUUCCAUGGACAAUGUGGACGGGACGCCGGUGCGCGACGAGCGGAGCGGGACCCCCACCCAGGACGAGAUGAUGGACAAACCCACCUCCAGCAAUGUUGACACCAUCUCCUUGCUCUCCAAAAUUAUGAGCCCGGGUUCUUCUACUCCCAGCAGCACCAGGUCACCUCUUCAGAGCCGGGAUGAUGGUUAUUCCCAGGAACUUCCCAAUUCCGUGCACACCUACCGAGCCUUCGGCCUGGGCAGAGACUCUCCGUCCGGUCGGUACAAACCACCUGCAGACACCAUGGAGAUCCCUUCCUCCUUGAUGGACUCCUCCCAGGAGAAGUUUUACCCCGACACUUCUUUCCAAGAAGAUGAAGAUUACCGGGACUUCGAUUACUCGGGGCCGCCGCCGUCGGCCAUGCUCAACCUGGAGAAGAAACCCACCAAGUCGAUCCUCAAAUCGAGCAAACUCUCGGAAGCCGCCGACUACCAACCGGUCCUGUCCAGCUACGGGCAAAGAGCUCAAGAAUUCGGUGUCAAAUCUUCCUUCCCUCAAUCCAUGAGGUCCAUCCUGGAGCAGAGUGAGAGCUGCGACCCCCUGGCCUCCUCCCCGGGGCUCUACGGGAGCUACGGCCUCCGCGGGAAGGAUUCCACGGCCGAUGGUUCUCCUUCGCCCGGCAAGAACGAGGUGUUUUUCACCCCGGAUUCCAACCACAACAAUUUGGCCAAAGCCGUGGUGCACUCCGGCCUCUCGCAGAAGCAAUAUCCGGAUUCUCCUCACUCCCUUCCCCACCGUUCCCUUUUUAAUUCUCCAAACCCCCUCUCCAGCCCCGCCGCUCGAGCGGCGGCAGAAAAACCUUUGGGUUCUUCCAUUUCCGCCACGUCCACCAUGGAGUUUAAGAACAUGCUGAAAAACGCCUCUCGGAAACCCUCCGAGGAGAAACAUUUUGGGCAGAUUUCCAAAACCAGCUCCGGCGAGGGGGGGAAUUUAUUGGGUGCUGCCAAAGGAGACCCUCAGCCUCAGGAGGAGCACUACCACCGCAUUGAGACCAGGGUCUCCUCCUCUUGCUUGGACUUACCCGACAGCACCGAGGAAAAAGGGGCUCCCAUCGAGACCUUGGGUUACCACAACGCUUCUUCCUCCUCCUCCUCCUCCUCCUCCUCCUCCAGCAGGGGUGGGGGGAUGUCGGGAGAACCCAUCCAGACGGUGGAGUCCAUCCGAGUCUUGGGCAAAGGCAACCGCGGCCACGGGCGCGACGCCAACCGCGCCUCGGGUUGGUUCGAGAUGGGCGGCGGCGGCGGCACCUUCGAUAACGGCCCCACGGGCACCUCGGAGCUGCCGGGCAUGGGGGGCUUCCCCCCACCCCCUUACAAGGAGCGUCGUCCCCCCCCCUUCCCGGAGAGCGUCAACAACUUCCGAACCAACAGUUUCAACCCCGCUUUCGAGCACCGCAUCCCCCCGCCUCCGCCGCCCCCUCCUCUCGCCCCUCCUCCCCUGGAGCACGGGACUCCAUUUCCCCGGGGGGACCCGGUGGGACCCCCGCCCACCGGACCCCCGCCCACUGCCAAGGACCACGGCGGCCUCUUCCCCAGGGACCACCCGGUCCCUCCCCGCAUGCCGGGGGUGGAGCACACCAACCCCUUCUCCAAGGACCCCUCCGCCGCUCCCCUCGCCCUGCCCCACGGCGUCCCCCCGCCUCCCUCCAUCGAGCACCCGGGGGUCCCUUUCCCCACCCCCCCGCCUCCCCCCGUCCCCGGGGACCACCCAGGGGUCCCUUUCCCCACCCAGCCCCCCUCGGCCGGGGACCACCCGGGGGUCCCUUUCCCCACAGCCCCCCCACCGUCCCCCAUGGAGCACCCGACCAUCCACCAAGGGACGAUCAAAGAGCAUUUCGUCGGGAGGGAAGGAGCUCCCCAAGCCCGGGACCCCGCAGCCCCCCGCACCCGUGAGGCCGUGGGGCUCAGCCCCCUCCCCAGGGAGCAGUUGGGGGGUGCUGGGGGGGGAGGGCGAGGCAUGGGGGGAGGGGGUGGCCCAGCUCACCGGGACGGAGCGGGGAACCGGGGCGGGGUGUUGGUCAGGACCCCCCGUGCUGAUUUCAGACCCCGAGAGCCCUUCAGAGACCCCUUCCAUAGUCUCAAACGACCCCGACCCCCCUUCGGCAGGGGCGGGGCACCUUUUUUUGCCCCCAAACGCCCCUUUUUCCCCCCCAGGUACUGAAGCAGACGCCCAGCUCCUGAGCAAAGGCACCCAGAUGCUGUGCAGAGCAGCUUUCACUUGGUUUUUUUUCCUUCUUUUCCCCAUUUUUUUU